AUGCCCAGAAGAUAUAACCACCUGGACAGCAACCACUUUAGAGGGAAAGGACAUGUCUAUUUUGCAGUGGAAGAAGCUCUGGGUAUUGGGCUUUUCAUUUUGGUGCUGGCAAUUUUACUUGCCUUUGGCUGCUGGUAUUACAAAAGACGUAGUGGCUACAAAAGUCUGCGGAGCAAAAGCUCUAGUGUGAGCACAAUACGACACGUGGUAGGUGAAGGAGAAAUACUGGACUGCAAAGUGGCUCUGCAGGACUACAGAGACUUUAAUUCUGUGGUACCUGAUGCUCCACCAGCUUAUGACAAAAUUGCUGCAGAUCAGUCACCACCACCUUAUUCACCAUAA